AUGCUUGGAAUAGGACUUGCGGGAUACGAUGGGUGGGCAGGAGAACCAGACUACCAUUGGCCUCCUGUUCAGGCCGGGGUGAGUCAAAACAUCAACUUUGCCUUUACCCACUUCCUUCCGGAGAAUGGACCAGGUCCUGAAACACAUUACAACUUCCAAAUCACAACGCCUGCUCUGCAGUCCCGGGGUACAAUAGCAGGACUCGCAGGAUUUAAUCGAGCGUACGACCUCGACCUCAACACGCCCGCUCAGCAGGCUCUAGGAAGCAUAAGGAGUCCAGGUGGUCUGUUAGAUGAAGAUCUCGAUCGCACUUUCUCUCGUCUAUUUUCGUUAAGGGACAUGGAGCGACUCGCCGACUUUGAAAUCCAGUUCACCCCGAAUCUGCUCAACCACCUCUAUGUGGAAAAGUUCAAGGGGGAAAGGUUUAGCUGGAGGAGCUUGAAAUUCAGCUGGAAGAAAUUUCGACCGGUUGUUUUCAUCUUUCAAUAUGCCACGCUGUUGGAUCAGUUACGCACCAACGAUCUCCGAAACCAUCGUGAACUCGUCGAGGAGACAUUAAGCACCCUGGGCCUCCUUAUUCCACAGGAUGAACACUCUCAAGAAUGGUUCACAGAACGGACGCCAGACGGCAAGGUCUCGCCGAGUUCGCGAUUUCCGUUACUGGAGGACCCGUCUUCUCAUUCUCGAGAGGGAGUUCGACAACACCUCGCCACAGACCCCCGUCUGGAUGGUGGCACGACCGACGCCGCGGACGCGAUUGGGCGACCUUCUGGUGCGCUGUGGCCGCCACCAUUUUCGCCCUUGUCGCUCUCAUCGUGGCUGUAG